CUCUCUUUCUCACCCUUCCCUUCCACCAUCCCAGAUUCCCCUCGAAGCCUGCACGCACGCAGGCGGGGUCAUCCACAUCCCUCCCACCACGCCAAGUUUUCUAUUCUGUGACAGCGGACGCUACUUCCUCAUGGCGUUUAGACCCCCCUCUGGACCACGUUUGGAGGAGCGAUGCCCUUGUCAAGCCGGAGUAAGCAGAUGGGCCUUUGCGUCACUUACCUCAGGGAACAUGUCCCGUACUAUGGACGUUAGAAACUUUUCUCCGCGUGCCGCGUCGUUGCGUGGUGAGGUGAGCGUGCUGCACCACCUAGAAAUUGUCGGCAGCUCUCUUAUACGCUCGUUCGUGCCUUCGGGGAGGGCAGCCAAGCCCGUGCUGGCCCAAAGUAUCAGAUGCGUUUCCUGUUGCUCUGUUGGUCGUGUUUUUUUGCCCUUCCCUUCUGAGCUACGUUGUGUUGUGUCACGCUGUGUGGAUUGUGGAUGUGGAUGUGGAUGUGGAGGCUGGAUGAAUGCUUCCCGCCGUGAACGAUGCUGUGCCGCUGCGGGACACCCUCUUCUUGGCUCUUUAAUAUAUUCGUGUCCCGCCAAAGUACAGAGGGCUUUGGAGGGGUAUUGAGCUAAAAACGACGACCGUCCCUGGAUUGCUCUUUUCUUCUUCUCGCGCAAGUGCUCACUGUUGAGUCAGGACGGCCGCUGCUUACGCACAUAAUCUUAUUGCUUUGCCGACACUUCAAUUCCACGAGUCAAGAGUCAACGAUUCCA